CUCUCACGGACUUGCAUAUGUUCGCCGUCCUCGGGGAAAGUGAACAGGAAAAAAAACUUGUAGUGAUGUGAGAGGUCACAAAAAAGUGGCCUCCUUUUUAUACGGAUCAGACAUGGGGUGAGAUCAUGGAUACGUUUUAAAACUGAAAAAGACUCCGCUCAUCAUGCUUGGAUGUGAUUGUUCAAAAGGAGACAAACCUUCUAGCACUUUUUCCAAUGCAUUAAUAAUCGACGCAGAAAAAAAAAGAAACUUGGAUCCACUACAACAAUAAUUAAACUACGCGAAAAAACGAUGAGUAACCCAAAAUGCCUCCAAACUCCGUCCGUUCUUCUUCCCAAUUUCAAAGAUGACUUUGACAAAGAAGAUGUUAUUCAUCAAGAACCGCGGGUGGCCGCGGAAACGCAUGAUGCAUCUGCACCAUCGUCUCCUUUCCAUUUGGUCAUCGAACGUUACAUGUUCUUUCUAGGUUUUCUCUGUCCUCUGGCUUGGUUUAUUGGUAGCAGCAAUCUAGUGGGAUCUCAGUCGCCUUUGGAAAGUUAUCUUUGGAAGAAACGGUGUCGUAUUGCCGCUACCCUGUGUUUAACGGCGGUCAUUGUAAUUGUUGCCGUAGUAAUGGUAGUAAAACCAUCAACCUUUGGUUUACGAACCAGUAACUCCUCCAGUGCACAAACUGUUUCAUCGUCCAAAGACGCUGUGCGUCCCGGUGUGCCCGUCAAUGGGUCUAAUACAUGGGGGGACGCCGUGGCCGGAGUCACGAUCAAUUCAAUCUCCGGUCCACCCGAUUUGCCUUCUUCCUGAACCCACUGGUUUUUUUCCGGAGAAAUAGUUUUAGCGUCUUUUGGCCAGUUUUCCCUUUCUUUUCCUCUUUUUGAAAUUUCCCCAACACAGACCCAGUCAUAUUGCAUACCUUAUUUUUUUGACAAUACACACCACAGUUCCACAGGGAGACUACACAAAAAAAAAAAAAAAA